CUGAUAUCUGUCUUGUAACGUCAAUUAGUCAAGGUCAAUCAAUUCACCCUGCCGACACUUAAGCGACGUUGGCAGCCGGAUGCUUCCGUACAGGGGUGGCUAAGCCACAAUACAGUUACGGCUACACCAAUCAAUUAAUAUACGCCGUAUGGUUGCAUGUACGCAAGUCAGCAUAAUAAGCCUUGUCCGUCCACUCACAGACCUUCUACAAACCCAGGUUGGGGAAAGUUAUUUAAUCGAUUCCCAGGUUAAUCUGCAGUCCGUCGUAUCACACACCAUUUUGAACGCUGUCCGCUACAACUUGCAUGCCUGUACUUUCACUGCAAAAACCUUGCGAAUAUGAACAACUUUCUGCCUUGGCUACUCUACAGCACAAGACUCUUUAUGUUGAAUGCAGAUUCCUCGAAAUUAGAAAUCGCGCCCCGCAGCAUCACGAUGGCUCCAACUAUUGAGUCUUUUCUCGCCAGCGUAGGCGUUUCGGGGACUGAGGCUCACGAUUUGAUCGAAACUUACGAAAAGACAACGUCGAGUCCACUUUUUCUUGUAAAUCAGGUCGCACAACUGGUUCUUGGAAAAGACAAAACAGAUACUACUCCAGUAAACAAGACAGUGGCCAGUGAAAACUGGUGAGUAAUUCUUAAAAUGUGUUGGAGCUAUUGAGAAAGUAAUUGUAAUAUCACAAGGUCUCAAGCAGUUAUUUCAGAACCAUAUUGUAUUCUCCAGCCAACGAAUACUAUCGAUGUGUCAAAUGCACUUAAAAUCAUCAACUUCUUCCAAGUCAAAUUUGCUAUUCGAAGUGGAGGACACUCUCCAAACCCUGGCUUCUCUUGUAUUGGCAAAGGGGGCAUCUUGUUAGAUCUUCAAAGACUUAACCAGGUGACUUUGAGUGACGAUAAAACUUUCGCAACUCUCGGACCUGGUGGUCGUUGGGGCACAGCUAUAGCAACAUUAGAUGCGCAAGGAGCUACCAUAAUUGGAGGACGCAUUCCUGAUGUUGGUGUUGGCGGUCUUAUCCUUGGAGGUAUGUGAUUAGUUCAUUAUUCAUCAACCGUGACAAUAAGCCUUCUUCUGACACAACUUAUGAAGGCGGUUUAUUCCAUUACUCGGGCGAAUAUGGUCUUGCUGCAGAUAAUGCCAAGAACUUUGAGGUAUGGACAAUCUCGUCUCGCCUGACUUUAUUACGUAACUGAUCGUCAAUUCAGAUCGUGUUGGCAGACGGUACUGUCACCAACGCCAAUUCAUCAGAAAACAGCGACCUUUUCUGGGCCUUGAAAGGUGGAGGUCCCAACUUUGGCAUCGUGACGCGCUUUGACCUAUUUACUAUCCCAGUUGGACAGAUCUGGUUCCAAGUCUCAUUAUAUUCAGUCGAUCAAGUCGAUGAUGUUAUUGAUGCCUUUGUGAAGUGGCAGAAUAACGGAGCAUCAGACCUCAGAUCUACUGUUGGCUUUGCCAUAGGAUUGCAAAGUAUCACAGUCGGUCUGAUCUACUCAGCUCCAGUGGAAAGUCCACCAGCCUUUACUCCAUUCUAUGACUUGAAACCCUUGUUUGUCGCUGUGCCCGGAACUAUAGGUACCACCGGGACUCUGACUGCCAUCGUUGGCCAAACUCUUUCGAAUACUGCUGAGAGGUGAGCAUUGUGGUCAACGUUUCAGGAAUGAAUAUAAUUUCUGACAAGUACGCAGACAUGACUACAGAGCAGCGAGCUCGCUGGUUGAUGCUCAGCUGUACAAAGAUGUCCAUUCCUUUUGGAGAGAGAGGGCACUAGCCGCACAGAACACCACAGGUGCAAACCAAACCUUCACCAUCCAACCCAUUCCCCGAAACCUUGCGGAGCAGGGCCUCGCUAAAGGUGGGAAUCCCAUGGGAAUUCCUACGGAGAACCACCAAUGUGAGUUUCGUCCCGUAGGUUGCAUAUUCGUAAACUAACGAUUUUUCAAGGGUGGACGACCUUGAUCGAUUGGAAAGAUGCAAGCGACGAUACUGUCGUGCGACAGGUUUCUAUCGAUACGGCUAACGAAUGGGAGAGGCUUGCUAAGGCGCGUGGGUUGUGGCUUCCACAUUUAUUCAUGAAUGAUGCUUCGAGAGACCAGAAUCCUGUCGCUUCAUAUGGUACUGAUAACAUCCAGAAGCUUAAAAAUAUAGCUCUGAAAUAUGAUCCGAGCCAGCUCUUUCAGAAGCUACAGAAUAGUGGAUUUCUGUUAUCUCAGGUCUAGAAGCAAUUUUCAUG